UAUAGUUUCUAUAAUAUAUAAGGAGACUCGAGUUGAUCAGUCUCGUCCAAUCAAAAGUGUCGUUCUAUCUUAGUUCCGCUGCCCAGCAGAGCGUGGCCUCGUUUCCAUGGCAGACAAGAAUUCAUGUUCUUUGUUUGAAGACACAGAAACACGAAGUGAAAGUGUUUGAAAAAACGCUCGUUUUUUUGCGAUCAGCUUUUGAAUUCCUGUCAAAGGAGUGUUGGCAAGUUAAUGGUCAGAUACAGGAAGUAAUAUGGAGGGAAAUGGGGUUGUUUUUUUAAGGACAUUCCGUGGUCGUUGUUUAUAGUAUUCCUACUUACAAGAAGCAUGGCAGAAUUUGAAUAUCAACCGAACAGUAUUUCACGAUCUAGGACAGAAUCAAGGAAUAUGGAUGAUACAUUGUCAGAUAUAUCUAGUAGAGACAUCAGUGAAUUAUCAAUCAGAGGAGGAAUGCAUCCAAGAGAAGCUCUAGAGACAUGUCGAAGAUUGCAGUCUGACUACGAUGAGUUGUUAACAAAAUACGCACAAGCUGAAAACACUAUUGAUCAGCUUAGAAUUGGUGCUAAAUUGAAUCUUUAUAGCGAUCUACCUCCUCCUCAACAAAGUACUGUAGUUAAUGUGACCCGAGGGAAGCAGCCUCAAGCUUUUAGCUUCCCAAGGGCUGGUAAAGCAACCUUGAGUGAACCUUCUGUGAAACAACAAUCGCAACACGUUGGAACGCAUGGAACGAACGGCAACCGAUCAGAUUUUCUUAAUAAAACACCUGAUUCUGAAACAUUAGAGUCGUCUUUAUUAACACCAAAAAUAAGAGCUGAUGGAAUAAGAACUGCUUUGAUGUUUAAGCUUCCAACUUUACAAGAAAACGUUGAAGAUCUUCAGGGUCAUGUCACAGAUGGAGAAUGGGGGGAAAAUGAGUUGAAAGAGUUGAAGGAUAUUUGUAAUCAAUUGAUAAAGCAACAUAGUGAGAUGAAAGUUGAGAUGAUACAAGCCAAGCAACUAGAACGACAAGGCACAGAUACUCCACUAAAUGAAAGUUUUGAAGGUGAUUUUCUUCAAGAAGAUAGUUUGGAAGGACAGCUCUACAGACUGGGGUUAAGACUGGAUGAAAUAAAUGAACAGAUUGAAGAAAAUUUGAACCACAUCCCAAGGAACAAUGAUAAUGGCAGGCACAGGGCCGUCAGUAUGCAAGAACAGUCAGUUAGAAGACAAAAUAMAGAUCCAGAGCUUGCUGCUCUCUUGAAUAGAUUAAGAAGCGUCAAGGAAUCUGCAUGGAAUGAUCAGGCUGUUUCGAGGAGCGUUGAUGGUUCACCAGAUUCAGAGCAAAGAAGCCAUAUACAAGAUGGUCACAGAGAAGACGACUUUACGCUAGGUCCAUUGACCGAUAACUCGGAUGAGGAUGAUAGUCGUGACAAGGAGCAUAAUGUCAGCCAUGGAGGAAUCGAUCUACAAGAGUCAGGUUACUACGCAUCAGAGACGAUGAGUGUUUCUGUCGGAGAUGCCAACUCAGAGGGUCUUGCAUCCCACUAUUUGUCUAAUAGCGCUGGAGGAGCACAACAUCCCCUCAGGGGGAGGGAUAGAACAUCUUUUGAUGGGCAAAGUAUGGGUUUCUCUCCCGAUAGACAGAGACCACACUCUGACACCUCAGUCGAUUCCAGUCCUCAUCGGUCAAGAAAGACAAGUCAGCGCAGUCGCACAAGCACCAUGGAUAAUCACGUGACACACCCAUUGACGUCAUACCCAGAAUACAUCAGUCCAGUAUCACCGCCAGACAUCGAAAGAACCAUGCCUCAGGCUUCCUCAAGUAUACUGACCGAGCAGACUAGAAACCAUCCUCACCUGCAGCACGAUGACAGUCGGAUCAGCCAAUCAAGAGGCAAGGUAUCACGUGCGGGAGCUACUGAUCCCCGGUUCUCUAAAGAUCCCGUAGACCCCGAGUCCCGUAGUGUGAAACCAAGAGGGGAUAGUACCCGGAUAGAUAUUUUACGUACGGAGCACGACACCCCUGAACAGUAUACGUACCGGACGAGAUCUAGUGUAGCAGACGAAAUCCCGCCACGUGGACCCUAUGACGUACCUUUUGAGUCCUUAGAGUCCAGUCCUCGUGUACUAGACAGCAAGAAGACAGUGCAGCGCAAGCCUGGACACCAGCGAACGAGUAUGUCUAGUGCUGAUAGUCGUGUAUCUACUCCGCUAUUCCAUCCUGGUACAAGACCCAAGGAUACAAGACGAGGUCGAGACAAGACCAGGCCACCUACAGCAGACACAGAGAGAGGUUUUGAUAGUGGUUUCUUUGGUUCCGAAGAAAGUCGAGGAUCAAGGUUGACGCAUUCACCCGAAGUAAGGCAUUCAACUGCGCAUGAUCAGAAUAAAAUACGACAUCCAUCCCUCAGAGAGCAGACAUUAAGUGAAUCUGAAGAAGAAAGGUUUAAUUUACCCUCCACACAAAUCCCUGUCAGAAGUGCAUCGAAAUCUAGAGAUCACAAAAAACGACGACCUUAUCUCAAGUCUCUCUCAGAAUCAGACGAAGAUAGGGGACUAGAAACCAGUCCGUCGAAGACCUCCCUUAGAUCGUCAGCCAAUCAACGCGAGAGAAGAGGACAUCGUCAUACCCCGACAUUUCCCGCCACUCGUUCGGAUAACGAGAGAAUGCGAAGACCUGACGAAAGUCUACGAAGACCAUCGUCAUCUCCAAACCUCUUUGACGAGUCAGACCUGCGACGAAGUACGAGAACCCUGCGACCUGAUUCGUUGAGGAAAAGCGCGGCAGAAGUUGAUCGUCCGACACUUAGGAUCGGUCCUCGAUCUGAUCACGACACUCGAGCAAUGGAUAAACAAAGCAUUCGUAGUUACCCCAGUAUGGACCGCGAGUCUGUGCGGUCAGGGAGGCGUUCGAGGCGAGAUGAUGACAGCAGUAGUGCUUAUAGCGAUGGAGCUCGUAAAUAUGAAAGGGAUCCUCUUGAUAAGUUGCGUGAGGAACUCCAGAGGUUGCGCACUCAACUUCGAGACGAGGCCAACGCGCGAACAUUACAAGCGCACAUGUACGACGACUUGCGAAGGAAACAAGACGACUUAGAACGAGAAAUCGCUCGUAAGAACGCCGAACAACAAAUGAUGAGUAUGUACGACGGUCUCCGGAAAAAGUACGAAGAUCUGUCGAAUAGUUUCGAACAGCCACGUGACUCGCCGCAGAGAGAAGUCGGCGAUGAUUUGAAGAGCCGUCUAGAUGAGCUCGCUAUGGAAGUAAAGGGCUUGAAGAGUAAGGGUAGUGAAGCAAACGGGACUGUACGGUUCUUGUGUCCCUUCUGUGGAGGAUGUGGAGAUCAUCAUCAUGGUAGCUAUUACUACCCGGGAUUCUCCGGGCACCGGGGAACCGGUGAACGACCCGGUACAUCUAGAGGACUUCACGAGGCAGGAACGCAUACUGUUGAGGAUCGAGCUGCUCAGCAUUCACGAUAUCCUGCUACACCUCAAGCUACUUCUACACCUUAUUACAACGGCGUUGUCGGUUCUCCGGCAUACCACUACCAUACCAAUACAUACCCUGGGGGAGUAUCCCCGGGAUUACCCAUUCACCAUAUCCACCACCUACCAGACAGUCGAUCAUCACGUGAUCGCCGUGUUAAUGAAGACGACGACGAGGACUACGUCAGCAGUGACGAAGACAACUACUAUCGACCAAAAAGGCGCAGCUCCAGUUACUCCCGAAGGCGAGGUAGAGAAUCCUAUUAUGAAGACGAGCAGCUCGACAGUCGUCGUCUUCACCUGUCUCUCGAUGAAGCUAACAGAGCCGCUAGACGUGUGCAAAGGAUAUCUAAAAAGAUGCUGAACUCAGUCGCUAGUGAUCUAAUACGAUCAGGACAAAGAUGACGAAGACUGCCAAAUAACCAUGCGCAGUAGGAUGUGCUUGGUCGAAAACUAAGCAUGCGCAUUACGUCCUGCAAGUUUGAAACAUGGACACUCUCGAGAAACGCAGGGUUUGGGGAAGAGAAUGGAAACGCAUGCGCACUUGUCAUGAUAAGCAUGCACAACCAAGUUUCUUAAAAACAUUAUCCAAGAACGUGCAUUUUAUCUUGUUUGUUUUAAACUUUUGCCCAAAGAAGGCAAGAUCUGAAAUAAAUUAUUAGGCUUUUAAUGUUCAAAUUGUUAUCAAUACCUUUGGAAUACUUUCAUCUAUUCUAUUAGUCUUUAUGAAUCAGUGUGAAUUGAUAUCUGUGUUUUAUACGUUCAAGAAACUCAAUGUAGUCUUCAUUCAUUAUCAUUUCAUCUCCAAGUUAUUAUUUUAAUAUAUUAAGUAUAUUAUAUCAUUAUAUUUUAAAUUUUAUUAUUUACUUAUACAUAUUUUAUGUCUUUUUUGAGUUAACAAAGCUAAAGCUACGAGAUACAAUCAUAUUUUUGUACGAGUACCAUACAUACGCAAGAGCAUUUUUAUGAUAUCAUAUUAACAUGACAGUUAGCAUUCUGUAACGUGUGUUUAAUAUUGAAAAAUAUUCAAAUAAAUUUUAAGAUGACCYAUA